AUGGGCCAGAAAGCGAAAGACACACUGGCCGUACGGCCGCAGAGCCGUGGUAGGCGAUCGCCCAGUCGGUCACCCAAGCCCAAGAGCCGCAAGCCUUUGCCAGUGCCUCGGACAUAUGCCUCGGAUGGAGUGAAGAACAAUGAUAUCUUCCAACUUCCCGGCUCGGACUAUAAGCUUAUUGUACUGGUGACUCUUGUCGCCGCGGCUGUUCGCCUAUUCAGAAUUUACCAGCCCACCAGCGUGGUCUUCGAUGAAGUCCAGUACACUAAUGAUUUUCGCAUAAUAGCUUCGGUGGAUUUGCUUCCAAAUACAUCAAGGGAAAAUUCUUCAUGGAUGUGCACCCCCCCGCUAGCUAAACUGCUGCUUACGCUGGCUGGCUGGCUUGCUGGUUUCGACGGAAACUUCGAUUUCAAGGACAUUGGCAAGGAUUACUUGGAGCCCGGUGUGCCCUAUGUGGCAAUGCGCAUGCUUCCAGCUAUCCUAGGUGUUUUGACUGUCCCAUUGAUGUUCCUCACCCUCAAAGUUACCGGGUGCCGAACUUCGACUUCACUCCUAGGUGCUGGCCUUGUUAUCUUUGACAACGCUUUGGUCACCCAGUCCCGUCUGAUUCUGCUCGACUCCCCGUUGAUUUUCUUUACCGCCCUGACAGCUUUGGCCUUCAGCUGCUUCACCAACCAACAAGAGCUGGGACCGGCCCAUGCAUUCCGCGGCCCCUGGUGGUUCUGGCUGGUGUUUACUGGUCUUUCUCUUGGCGCAACUUUGAGUGUGAAGUGGGUUGGUCUCUUCACUAUGGCUUGGGUUGGAUCUCUCACGGCUCUUCAAUUGUGGGUACUGUUGGGUGAUGCUAAAAAUGUCACACCGCGUCUGUGGCUCAAGCAUUUCUUCUCCCGGGUCUUCUGCCUUAUCGUCAUUCCUCUAGGCUUCUACCUUGCCAUGUUUGCCAUUCACUUUACGUGCUUGGUUAACCCCGGAGAAGGUGACGGCUUCAUGUCAUCGGAAUUCCAGGCGACUUUGAACUCAAAGUCUAUGCAAGAUGUUCCCGCAGAUGUCUCAUUUGGAUCCCGAGUCAGCCUUCGCCAUCAGAACACGCAGGGCGGCUAUCUGCACUCUCACCCUCACAUGUACCCAACGGGUAGCAAGCAGCAGCAAAUCACCCUCUACCCCCACAAGGAUGAAAACAACGUGUUCAUUUUGGAAAACUCAACUCAGCCUCUAGGACCAUAUGGAGAAGUCGAGGGCCCGUUCGCCUGGGACAACAUGACUGCUUCUGGUUUCAUUGAGGAUGGCUUCCCCGGUGAUGCCAACGACUUAUGGAGGGUUGAGAUUGUUAAGUCCAUGUCCGAGACCCCAAAGUCUAAGAAGCGCCUGCGGACUAUCCAGUCCAAGUUCAAGCUGGUGCACGUCAUGACUGGCUGUGUCCUAUUUUCCCACAAGGUCAAGCUUCCGGACUGGGGUUGGGAGCAGCAGGAAGUGACAUGCGCCAAGGGUGGUACUCUUCCCAAUAGCGUUUGGUAUAUUGAGUCCAACCAGCACCCCGCUAUGGCCCCAGACGCCGAGCGAGUCAACUACCGUAACCCCGGCUUCUUGGGCAAGUUCUGGGAAUUGCAGAAGGUUAUGUGGACCACGAACGCAGGCUUGGUUGAGUCCCACGCCUGGGAUUCUCGCCCGCCCUCUUGGCCUACCCUCCUUCGCGGAAUCAACUUCUGGGGCAAAGACAACCGCCAAAUUUACCUCCUCGGAAACCCGCUGAUUUGGUGGUCGACCACUCUGGCCAUUGGAAUCUAUUUCAUCUUCAAAGCUCUCUCCAUUGUUCGGUGGCAGCGAAGCUGUGGUGACUACAAACACGUUUCCUUCAAGCGCUUUGACUACGAGGUUGGCACCAGCGUUUUGGGCUGGUUCUUCCACUACUUCCCAUUCUAUCUUAUGGCGCGCCAGCUCUUUUUGCACCACUAUCUCCCUGCCCUUUACUUCGCCAUUAUGGUCCUCUGCCAGGAGCUUGACUUCCUCACAAACCGCAUUAAGAGCCUGGGGCUUGCGUCCAGACCUGUAAUUGGCAAGGCUCUGAUGGCAAUCUUCCUAGGUCUUAGCGUUGUUGUGUUCACUCUCUACGCCCCACUCGUGUAUGGCAACCCCUGGACUAGGGAUGCAUGCAAUCAGGUGAAACUGCUCGGUUCCUGGGAUUUCGACUGUAAUACCUUUCACACCGACUUGAGCCAGUACAUUACUCAAUACGUGCCAAGCAUGCCGCCCGUGGCUGCCCCUACAACCGCAGCUCAAGCACCACCCCCGGCGCCACCAGUCCAGGCCGAAGAACCUGCACCCGCGCCUGCAGGUGAGGCUAUCCAAGAAUCAGACCCAGCGGCCGUCACCGCGCCUAAGAUCGCUGGCUCUAUGGCGCGCGUUGAGUACCGCGACCAGAACGGUCAAGUUCUUGACGAGAACCUGGUAGCCUCGCUCCGAGCAGAAGGUAAAGUGAAGUUCGAGACUCGCUAUGAGCCUGGUCAGCCUUUGCAGAAUGCCCACGAGGUUCCCGUCGUUGAUGGCCAGCUCGCGCCCCCGCACCCGGAUGUGCAGGGCCAGAAUCCUGAGACUGGUAGUGCGCCCGAGGACUCUGUUCCCCCUGAGAGCCCUGCGUCUGUGGCUGAUGGCAAUGAGCGCUCGGUUGAGCAGUCAAGCUCCAUGGAGGCUAAGCCUGCCAGUGAGGGUAAUGAGGCCACUAAAUAG